UGUUACGCAACGAGCUUAGCUCAAGGGUGCAUAAGAACGGACUCUCAAAAAGAUCACAGACUCGUGGGACACGUAAUUUCAAGUGACAAAGAAAACAGCAUUUGGAGCUGUUUUCAAACGUGCAAAACAAAACUCGAUUGCCGAAGUUUAAAUUACAACUUGGAGACGUCUAUAUGUGAGAUCAGUAACAGGACUAAAAGCGAGAAACCGGACAAGUUUGUUCAACUGGAAGGGAGCGUAUACGUAGACAAUCCUUUUAGAGCCCGUGUAGGUAUGGACAAAGACCUCCCUGGUUUGUCCUGCAAAGAUAUAAGUGACUCCAACAAGGAUUCAGCAAGCGGUGUCUACUGGAUUGAUCCUACCGACUCCAACAAUCCAUUUACAGUAUUCUGUGAUAUGACAACAGACGGAGGUGGAUGGACUCUGUUAGCACAAACUGUGGUUAAGAACUCUACGUCGUUUCCACCCAUGAUCAGAGCGAAAAACUUCAGAAUGAUCACAAACUACAGCAGUGGGAUCAUACGUAUUGACGUCCCUGCAAUACUCCAAUUGAAAAGACUCGUGAAGUUCACACAGAUCCGUUACUUUUGCCGAAAAGAAUCCACAGGGAGGACUUUCCAUAUAAUGACCAAGAAUGACCCAAAUGGAGAGCGAGCCGUUCACUAUCUCACGGAAGAUCCUAGUAUCCAGCCUAGAGCGUGUGGUUCCUUCGUAACACUCGCUGACGAUAAUUCAUUCCUAGCCGCUAACUGUAAUAAGUGGGGUAAUAAUAGGAAUGGUAGCGGAUGCGACAGGUGGGGUUCUUACAAAAACAAAGGAAUUUUUCGAGUCUAUAACGACCCGAUAUUCUGGGAGGGAAAAUAUCAUAUAAACCUGAAGACGUCAAUCUUGGCCUGUGAUGAUUCAUACAGCAAACCAGCUCCUCUGUCGCGUGGAGACAAAUGGCAAUUACUUGUUCGCUAAUGAAUUCCCAAAAGGCAUAAGUAAGUGUUCCUUCUUUAAUGUGAAACUACAGGAGAAUUUCGUUCGCAGAUUAUAAAAUUUAUUUUGUUAGUGCAGAAGUCUUGC